AUGGAUUUUGCUCGUAAACAACUACAAAAGUACGGCUGGACUGACGGCAAGGGUUUAGGAAAGUAUGAAAAUGGGAUAUCAGAGGCGUUGAAACCCAAAUUGAAACGCAGUGUUACUGGCGUCGGACAUGACGCAGCGGCAGAAUUCACUGAGCACUGGUGGACGAAGUUGUAUAAUAAUGCAGCAAGUAAUGUUGAGGUUAAAGAAAAAAAUGGUCAAACAAAGAAGAUCAAAACAAAAGACGAUGAAUUUGAAAUAACUAAUUCAUCUUGGUCCUACAAAAAGAAAAAUAAAUCAAAGUCAAAGGAGGAAUAUACAAACUUCUUUGUUAAAACUUCUAUCCUAACCAGUGGUGGAGUUAAAACUGAGAAUUUAGAUAACUCAGAUAAUGAAAUUGAUUGUGAAAAUAAAGGUAUUGUUAAAUUGACAGAUGAAGAAUUGUUUGUGGCUUGUGAAGGACGGACAGCACACAAGGGUGCCCGACAUGGUUUAAAAGCUUUAGGUAAGUUGGCCAGAAUUGAAAAGCAGGAGCAAAUGUUGCUACUACAGUCAAAAUAUGAAGGAUAUUCUCACGCAAAAAAGGAUUGUAAACUUAUUGAAAACACAAGCCUUUUAAGUGACAGUGAAGACAAAAACCCAAAAAGAAAGAAAAAGAAAAAGCGUUGUUCUCUUAGUGACAUAGAAUUUAAAGCCACAGAUAAUGAAAUUAAAAAUAAUGCUGAUAUUGAAAAUGAUAAGGAAGAAAAGAAGGAUAGGAAUACUACUGGAUGUAAUGAGAAAUUGAAUUGUUCUACAGACACAGAUUUAAUCAAAUUAAAGAAAUCCAAAUAUAAAAAAGUUGAUACAAAUGAUUUUGCUGAAAUUGAAGUGGAUAUCAGUAAUAUGGACCUUAGGAAAUGUAAUGUAAAAAACAAGGAUAAUGCAGAUAUUGAAAAUGUGAUAGAUACAAGCAAAACAAAAAAGAGAAAAAAUUAUAUUGCUGAAAAUAACAGUGUACAAAAUGAAGACUUGGCUAGGAAAAGUAGAAAAAAGAAAAAAGGCAAAUAG